UGCGGGGGCAAUGCAAAACAAGUCUGCUCUGUCCUGUGUGCCGCAGUCGUCGUAUUGUUCUAUAAAUUAGGCAGACGAGGCGGGCAGGCAAAAUAAGAAGAGCGUGCCAUACCCACCCAACAAGGAAUUGAACUCAACAAACUCCGAUCCCCCCACAAUUACCAAUGGCCCUGCCCUUCCUCCUCCUUCUCCUCUGUUUUUUUAUCAGCAAUGGCAAUGGCAAUGGCGGCGUGGCAGCCCUAGAUCUGAUCAACAAAACGUGCAAAGCAAUCGCAAAGGCCGACCCCAACAACAUCCAGUACGGCUUCUGCGCCUCCUCCCUCCACGGCGCUCCGGCCAGCGAGUGCGCCACGCUCCGGGGCCUUGCCACCAUCGACAUCAGGCUCAUCCGCUACAACCUCACUGAUACCAGGUGUUACAUCAAGCAUUUGCUGAAGACGAACCGCCACAACAGGGGCGGCCUCAGAAUGUGUCUGGCCGAUUGCCUCGACAUGUACGCCGGCGCCAUCCCCGACGCCAAGCAGGCCAUGAAGGAUUUCAAUUCGCAGCGCUUCGCCGACGCCAACGUCCGCCUCUCCGCCGUCAUGGACGCCGCCACAACCUGCGAGGAUGGCUUCAGCGACAUCAACGGCGUCGUUUCUCCCCUGACUAAGCGCAACAACGACACUUUUCAGUUGACUGCCAUCGCUCUUUCUCUUCUCAAUAUCAUCCAAACUACUGCCGCCCCCUAGCCAGCACCUUUUUCGCGCGCCUACAAUUAAAUUAAAUUAAUUAAUUGUGCAGUGGAUCAUGGACGGAUGGUGUUUUGAUUUUGAUGUAUGUAUCGUAGAUCGCACUACAGUACUUCCUACUCCUGUUCAAUCUUCAUUUUUAUGUAUGUGUACUGUUAUUAUUAUUCUUUGCAAGUAAGUACUCCGUAUUAAUUAAGGCAACUGCCCUUUGCUUCUUGAACUACCCCCAGUGGCUACAAAGAGGAAUUGCAUUGCCACUAACAUGCAAACUAUUCAGCC